AUUGUGCCAUAUUUCUGUAAUGAUUAGACCACUGCAUGCUGUAUGUUUACAGUGAGGACACCUUAACCGUUAGCCAGUAUAGCCGUAAAAAUAGUUUCUCAGUGGCAAGUGCGCAGAUCAUGCCAAGUCUCAGUAAUGUUUAAGCGAGUGAUCUGUAAGUAUCGAGCUUAAUGCCUAGAUCUCAUGAACUGCCAUGUAAAGCAAGUGUAAUUAUUUUCAGGAAAAAUGACCAUGGGAAGGUUUGUGGCAAUUUUUGAUUUGAUAUUUUUUAAUUCCUUGGUAUUUUUUAGACAAAUGUACUUGAUAUAUUUGACUCCAUGUUGUGCCCAUGGAUUGCAAGAAGUCGUAACAUUCCUGUAAUUCAAACCAACAGUGGAGAGACUAGAGCACUAUUUUCAGCUGACGCAUACUGUCAACAUCCAACAUGUUUAUCCAUUGCAUUUCCACACAAGCAGUUCACAGCUUAAGAGCAUAUUCCUUUUUGACACUGUCUACACAUCAGACUAACCACACUGUUUCUUUAGUUAUCACACAUUUGCCCAACCCGAAGGUAAAAUGCAUGCAUGUGUGAAUUAGAUGGCAACAACUUCAAAGGAUCCAAGCUCCUGUUUCACUAGUUUAAGAAAGAGCAUUCUCUAUCUAAUCAUCAUUUGCAUGCUAAACAGAGAAGCAUGGAGGCGGACUUGGCAGGAUCUGAUGAGGACUGGGACGGGGACGAGGAUGAGGACACUCAGUACAUGAUUGAACAGAGUCUCUUGCAGUACAACAAGCGAUGUGGUUCAAAGUCCAAUGAGCCUGAGGAUACCAUUGACGUUGAUGAAAUCUUAACAGUUAUAAGAACAGGUGAUGAGGAGGCCCUCAGAAGACUUGUCCAGUGCCGGGAAGCUUUGUCCAAGGCAGACAGUAGGGGCUGGCUGCCAAUCCAUGAGGCAGCGGCCCAGGAGAAGAAGAGCAUUUUGGAGAUCAUUUAUGCAGCGUCCUUCCAAGGAGCUGGAGAAAGUCGGACACCAACUGGAGAGACUCCGCUCUUCUUCAGCGUGGUGUACGGGCACUCGAGGAAUACUAUGUUCCUGCUACAGAAUGGCUGCAACCCUGACAGCCAGAAUGAAGAUGGGGACUCUCCCCUGGUUGCAGCUAUAAAGAAUGAACAGUAUGACAUGGCUGCUCUCCUCCUUCACUACGAUGCCAAAGUGGACCAAAGAGGGGCCCUCCAGAGAACCGCUCUCCACGAGGCUUCCCUCCUGGCUUUGCCGAACUAUGUUUACCUUCUCCUGCAGUCAGGAGCAGACCCCAACGCCUGUGAUGCUGGUGAACGCACCCCCCUGGGAUUGGCUGCUCAAGCAGGCCACCUGAAUAUUGUUGAAAUUCUACUCCAGGGAGGGGCUAGGGUUUCAUCCGAGUCAGCCAACUCUGGCUCCAUAUUGUUUGAGGCAGCUGCCUCUGGUAAUCCAGACGUUGUAGCUGUACUGCUGGAUUACGGCGCUGACCCCAAUGUACCCAUGCAUACAGGCCACCUACCCAUCCACAGGGUGGCUUACAGAGGACAUAUUCUAGCUCUGGAGCAGUUAAUCCCAGUGACCAAACUGGAGGCUGUGACCAUGAGUGGCAUGAGCCCUCUGCACUCUGCGGCGGCCGGCGGGCACCCCCAGUGCCUGGAGCUGCUCAUCGGCGCGGGCUACGACGCCAACUUCAUGCUGCACCCCAAGGUGCGGCGCAACUACGAGGAUGAGCGACGGUCGGCACUGUACUUCGCUGUGUUCAACAACGACCUCCGGUCGACACGGCUGCUGCUGGAUGCGGGCGCCAUGCCCAACCAGGACCCCGUCAACUGCCUCCAAGUGGCACUGCGCCAGGGCAACUACGAGCUCAUCAACAUGCUGCUGCGCUACGGCGCCAACGUCAACUACUACUCGCGCAUCAACACCACGCACUUCCCCUCGGCUCUGCAGUACGCUCUCAAGGACGAGGUGAUGCUGCGCAUGCUGCUCAACUAUGGGUACGAUGUGCAGCGAUGUUUCGACUGUCCCUACGGCAAUGGGCCCCACGUGCCUUCUGACUACGAAGGCUGGAGCGCCUCAGUUAUAAAAGACAUGGUGUUUUGUGAGGUGAUAACUGUGUACUGGCUGAAGCACUUAUCAGGGCAGGUGGUCCGCAUCAUGCUGGAUUACGUUGACCAUGUCACCCUCUGCUCCAAACUGAAAGCCGUUCUAAUGGAACAAAAACAGUGGGACGAUAUUUGCCAAAUCCAAGCAAAUGUACGCAGCCUGAAGCACUUGUGUCGUCUGAGCAUCCGUGAGCGGUUGCGGAGCCUACGUCUGAAGUCACCGGUGUUUUUAAGCUACCUGCCUUUACCAAACAGGCUGAAGGACUACCUCCGCUUUAAAGAGUAUGAUGUAUAUGGCAAAGGCAGUAUAUCAGAAGAGAGGUGAUUGGUCAUAAACCUAUACAUUUGCUGAUUCAAAAUGACCUGCUAGUUUAUUCUUUGAUACUUUGUGAAAGUGUGAUACUCAAUCAUUGUUUGCUUCAUGUAAUAUUGUUAUUCAUUGUUGUUUUUGUGGCGAUCAAUUAAUUAUCUUACUCAAGAAAAGGGGGGGGGGUACAACUUAAAAGUCAAAAGUUCACAAAUGUAGGGUUAAUACAGCCAUCAGCAAAAUGAGACCUUUCAGUGAUUUACACAUUCAGGUGGCAAUAAAACAGAAUUAAUCUA